AAAAGUCCUGUUCCUACUUGGCUGAGAAACAUAUCCUCUGCUGUUGCAUCACAUUUCUCUAUCUUGAACUAUCGUUCCCUUCAGAGGAAAUCAGGGCAGAUUCCUGAAAGAAGGACACAACUGGAAGCUGAUACUACACUGCUAAGUGAUACAAUAUACUGCUGAAGCCACGAUCAAAAUUUCAGUCUAAAUUUUUGAGAUAAAAGGAUAAGUGCAAAGAGGACUACCUUCCAAGCCUUAAAGGAUUUCAAAACCUACGUGGAUCAAGCCUGUAGAGCUGCAGAUGAAUUUGUCAACAUUUAUUAUGAGACAAUGGAUAAAAGAAGAAGGGCUUUAACAAGACUUUAUUUGGACAAAGCAACAUUAGUUUGGAACGGUAAUGCAGUGUCCGGACAAGAAGAACUGAAUAAGUUUUUUGAAAUGUUGCCAUCUAGUGAAUUCCAGGUUAAUGUGUUGGAUUGCCAGCCUGUUCACGAGCAAGCCACUCAAGGCCAGACGACAGUCCUCGUGGUGACAAGCGGGACAGUAAAAUUUGAUGGUGACAAGCAGCGCUACUUCAACCAGAACUUCUUGCUGACGGCACAAGCCACCCCUACCAACACGGUGUGGAAGAUCGCCAGUGACUGUUUCCGCUUUCAGGACUGGGCCAGUUCGUGAGGUUUGGCUACGGGACGUGACCUCUCUCAUUCGACAAGCUGAAAUUGGCUGUCCCGGCAGCCGCACUCCACGCGUGGGAAAUGCUCACUCUUCGCGUCGCAUCUGUCGUUACGGAAGGUCUAUGGAUGUUUUAGGGUUGAUCUCAGUGACUGUGGGUUUAGUAGUAAGCAAUCUUAAAAUGUGAGAGGUUGCUCGUGUGAGUUGAACCUAAUAAAAUGCUGAAGGCAGUGAGCUGUGUUGGAAUCAUUCCUAAAAAUGCCUUACAUGCAGCUACGCUGCCACUUCCAGGCUUCUUGUAUGUGAUGCUGAAUGCUGAAACUUUACUGUUGAACACAAAAUCCUCUUAUUGUGCAAUUCUGACCAAACGUGUAAUUUUUUCCACUUGAAAAGAUCUGUUUUUACAGUAGCAUCUUCGCUCUUUUGAAGGAGAUGCUUUUGGCACGUCGAUAGAAUUCUCAAAGCUACCUACUCCUGGUUGUAAGAGGCUAGGAAGGAGCGACAGUGAUUUCUACUGUUUGUGAAAGUAGCAAAUACAGCUCUCGAGUGUGUAAUCUCUCAGAUAAUCCAUUGGAAAGGUAGUGUUACCUUUUCUCUGGUAUGAAAGAACUAAAUAUUCUCAUCAGGUUUCCUUUUGGCUUAAGCUUCUCAGACUUUGGUUGUAGUUAAUUUACACUGACUCAUAUGUAGGGCAUGCCGAAUGAUUCAGAGCUCCUAUGCCGACAGCUCGUCACAUAGAUGUGAAGGACUUCAAACUGAUUAUUCUUAUUUUGAAGUCCUACAGUGUAAGAACUAGGUCAGUUACAUAAUUUCUGCUUGCUUUAACUGUUAAUUCUGUUGCUAUGAAGUUUGGACUCUUUUUCCGAUAUUCAGUCUGCAAGUUUUGAACCCCUAGUGUCUUUUCAGGAAGCAUUGUAGUAAAAAAAAGUGGGACUGAAAGCGUGUAUUACUGUGAAGCCUUCAAUUUCUCUUCAGUACUGUUAUUUAGAACAGGUGCUUUGAUUUGCAACUUAGAAAACCAGCUCUGAACACAAAUACCAUCUUCCUCAUGCAGAUUUUUACUGUAGUUUUCAUGUUCUUUUAAAAUAUUACCUUGAAUUAUUGAUUCUGGAUUUUUUUGUGUGUGUCUUGCCUUAAAUUUGCAGUUUAAAGCUUUCAAUUGCUUUAAAGCAGUUUUCAAGACUACAGGUUAAGACUGUCCAUCUUGACUUGGGAACUUAAGAGUGAAUCUGUAUAUCGCAGAUUUGUUUCAGACUGGUACAUUCCUGUUUUAAACUGAGUAAGAAAAAUUAGCUAUACACAUGUGAGUAUGCUUGCUUGUAACUCUGAUCUUAAUAGAGGUUGCAAUGCCAGCAGCAACCUGAGCACAAAAGCGCUUACAGCUGCAGCUCGCUUGUUUUUAUGACUUAAAUCGGGAGACUGUGAAAAUGAGCAGUAUCUAACUUGCGUAAAACAUCUGUAGUUUGUGAAAUAAUCCCACAUUAAUGGGAUGUCUGGGUGAAAUGGGUGGGUUUAUUUGUUUCAAGCACUGCAAGUCUUUACAUCAGUAAGUUAGAAUUGGUAACCUCUCUAUUCAGAAGCUGUUUAUGUUCUGAACUAUUGUGUAACUGUUUUUCAGCCUGAAGAAUAUGAAUUCCUGCAACACAAUGCAAGAGAUACAGAAAUAACAAUGUAUUUACAGUUUUCAAAAAUUCUGGAUGUAGUGAAGAAAGGAUCCCUGUAUUUAAUUACUGUUUGUCCUUAGCAGAACAUGCAAGGUGCAUAUAUUUGUACGAUCUCAUUUCUACAAGUUUGAAAAGAAAACUUAACCCUAAGUUUGCCUGUUACUGAUACAGCAUUAUUGGACUGUGACACUGGUAUGUUGUGCUUGUUUUUAAUUUGCUGUUGAUUAUUUCAGCAGUGCUACAGAUUGGCUUUGCAUACGCAGAACAGGUUUUGACUUCUGAAAUGUAGUGAUGGGUCCAACUGUAGCAUUUGCUUGUUGGACUUCGAAGGGAGUCACCAGAACGCACACUUAUAUCUGUACCUGGUAAGCUUGUCCUGGGAAUAAAUACUUACCGGCUAUUUUAAUUUAAGUUUUAAUUUUUAUAGUAGUUUUUAAGCUUUUCCUAGGCAGAUUGGGAGAUUUAGAAUAUAUGAGGCAAUGUUUCAGUCAAAUGUUAAUUAUUUCCAUGCUGUUCGAAUGCAGACUGCUUUUAAAUCUGACUUCUGCAAUCUGGUCUAGCUGGACAAACCCAGUUUAAACUCUUACUUAGUAAGACAUGGAAUUGGAAUUGGACUUGGUAUGCAUACAGGGGGUUUUGGAGAGAAAUUUAUCAAAAUAUAAUUGCUUUGGCCUAGGGAGAAGUGCCAGUUGUGUGCUGCCUGCUUCCGUCACCUUUGAUGAGGAUCACAGGGUGAUUCAGUACUACCGUGAUCAGCUGUUGCUUUUUAUAACUGAAAAUGCUAUUUUACAAAAUAUUUUUAUGGAGCAUACUAAGUGAUAAUGUAGCUAUUAGAUUAAUUACUCAGUUGUAAAAUCAUUGAUUAAUGGUGCAGACCAAAAAUCUCUUCUGUACUAGCUGGAGAUGUUAGGGGUGCUGCAGCGUGUUAAAACUUCUGUGCUGAGAUUGGCAGAGGAGAACAUACAAAGGCUUUUUAUCCCCUUCGGAACAAAACCAUCUGGCUGGCUUAGUGCUCCCUGCUGCUGACUCUGCUCUAAUAUCCAAAAUUUACAAUAGGCAUCUAUAAAGUGAGCGUGUUUAUGCUUUGAACUGUAAACAGGAGUCAAUACUACCUUUUUUUUUUUUGCUGUUUGAUACCAAGUUACUCAUGUACAACUGGUCUGUGAAACCACGCUGGCUGGAGAGCAAAGUGCUUCCACGUACUGAAUUGUGGCUACUGGAGGCUUGAUAGGUCUUCUCGUUUGUGUAUAUUCCCUGUGUCGUCUGUAUCGGUCACUGGUUUUAUGUUGCUUUGUUCUUUUGGCAUACUACAGUUAAAUUGGCUUAAAAUACUUGUGCUGUUCCUUGGAAUGGGGAAAAGUGAUUUGUUCUGGUGGUAUGAAUGGUUUGUUCUGAUGGUUUUGAUAUAUGUAUGCUUCCUUAUCCUGAUGGGAGUAAAGCACAUUAAAGAAAUGCUGUUUUAUCCGUAAAGUAACUUUCCACACCUGAAUAUAUUUUGUAAGUUUUUGAAAUUGUUUAAGACCUUUUGUAAGAUUAAUUAAAAAAAAAAAACCACACACA